GUGUCCACCUCUGUCCUGUGAGUGAGACAGAACAUGUCCACCUCUGUCCUGUGAGUGAGACAGAACAUGUCCACCUCUGUCCUGUGAGUGAGACAGAACAUGUCCACCUCUGUCCUGGUGACAGAGGAGACUCUUCUCUUCUUCCCCUCAUCCCUCCUCUGUCCUCCUCUGUCCUCCUCUGUCCUCUUGUCUCUGAGGGUUUCUCUGCAGAUUUGUGUGUUUUUUUUCAUGUCAUUCCAUGGUGACAGGUGAGGGGGUCAGGAGGACCUAGACCCGGCAGGCCAGGAUUAUCAUCUGACAGGAACCCUGCAGAACCCAGACCUUCAUGGCCAAAGUAGGACCAUCAGUACCGACCCACGGGUUCAGGUUGAACCCCCCCACCAUCAUCCUGCAGGACAUGGAGGAUGAGCCAGGUGAUAUCAGAUUCCCUCAGAAACCAGAACCGGGGGUUCUGUUCAACGUCAACAACAGCAACAACAACGAGGAGGAGGAGGAGGAGAAGAAGAAGAAGAAGAAGAAGAAGAAAGAGAAGAAAGAAAAGAAAGAGUGAGUUUGACCUAAAAAC